AUGUUUUCACAUCAGGACAAAAAGGAUGAAGAUGGUGCAGAUGGUAUGAAAUCGAAAAGUCGAAGUCAGCCAAGCGGGCUGAAUCGGGUCAAAAAUUUAUCAAGGAAAUUAUCUGCAAAAUCCAGGUUUGUUCAUUCAUUUUUGCCUCAUAUAAUUAUUAUUAACAUUAAGUCAUUUUUCUUGCAAAAAUGAAAAAAUACACACAAAAAUAUUUUCGCAAAACACUUGUUAUCAUCUCUGAAUGUUUCUUGAUUUCUUAUCUUGUUUAUUGAAAAAAAUUAUAUUUUUCUGAUCAAUUGAUUCGAUUUUAAUUGAUUGAUCACGUGUCUUGAAGGUUUUUGGGUAUAAACAAAUAUUGAACUUUUUGAACUAGCGCGCGACUUUUUUGUUUUUGUUUAGGGUGAUUUUGUGAAAAUUGAAAAUAGUUUCUAGAAGUUAAAAUAAUUUUAGAAUCCUCCCGCAUAUAAUUCUGACUUCUAAUCAUAAAAUUUAGUGAAAAUCAACUACUAGUGUUAAUGUUUACAAGUUUCUACAUAUAAACAAUGUUUAGAGUUUUGGAUUUCCGUAGUUUACGAGGUGUUUGUUUUCCCACCAUAACUCUUUAUUUGUAAGAACGGUUACGAUUGUGUUUUCCGUUUUCUUCAAACUGUAAACAAUCAUUGUGAAAGUUUCUCACAGUUCUCUUCUGUUUUUCCAAAACAUUCCAGAUGUUUUAUCCAAAAAUUUGUUAUCCGUAAACAUUUUACCCUAUCUUUUGUAUUUUUAUGGGUUUUCUGAACAGCUGUUUGUCCAUCUGUAAAAAUAUUUAUGGUCAAAUUUUUCCCACGGUUUCCCGUAUAAAAAUAGAAGAAGUGUUUAUUUUUUUCAAAAUCCGAGUUUUUCAAGAAACCAUUUUUUCCAGUCACAAUCUUGAAUUUUUUUUCGUUUUCGUACUUUAAGCUAUUUUUACAUUUUAUCAGAAAACGUUUGCUACCGUAGUAAAAUUGUAUGAGCAAUAUGUACUUGAAAACAAAAUCUAUACGAUUUUCUUAUUCUCUUUUUCGAAUAUAUUUCAUUCGAGUCGCUCUUUUUUCUAAUUCUACAACUAUAAUGCCACAUCUUCCCAGUUGGAUGAAACGGUAGGGUUUUUCAAAAUUUAUGAGAAUUUCAUUGGAAACAAGAAUAUUGCGUCUGAAAUAGAUUUUUUCACUUAAAAAUGUGUCACUUGACAUGUUAUUCCGAUAUUAAAUUUUCACCUGGCACGAGAUGUAGUGUUAUCUGAAAUAUUUCAUAUAGAUUGCACUUUUUUUGAAACAUCUGAUGUAAUUUUGUUGAUUCUGAAUUUAAACGUAUCCCUCAAAAUUUUCAACCUUAAAAAUUGGAAAUUCAGUGUUGACAAUGCAAGACUAUCUGUUGUUUUUAAUCAAGUUUUUCAAAUUGAUAGAUCAAUCUGAAAUUCAUGAUCAGUCAAGUUUCGAGGCCAAACAAAUACCAGAAAAAUAUGACGUCGUAUUAAAAUAAUUAAAUAAGCAAAGGGGUUUUGAAAAACUAAAAUUAUGUUAAAAUUUUUUGACGGAUUUUGCAUCAUCUAGAAUCAUAUGGAGAAACUCGGUGAUUUUUAGAGAUGAAUAAAGAUAGUUAUGACGUGGAACUUUUUCUCAUUGUCAAUUCAGAUGACGUAAUCAAAUUUUCACAAUUAUUGUUUGGUUAGAGUUAGAGAACCUAGACAUUCUGACAAUUCUUAUCUGAUGAUUGAAAGUAGCUUCUGACAAUUAUCUGUGGAUCAACUUUUUGCCCAGGAGCUAAAUUUCGCUGAAAAUUCUUGCAUUUUUCGAUAGUCAUAGCUUCGUAAUCAAUGCACCUGGCACUACUAGAUAACUCUAUUUUUUCGGAAAUAAUUUUUCUCCUUUCGUUUUUUUUAAUUCUCACAACUUCUAGCAUUGAUUUGAUUUGGAUGCUGCAAAGUUUUUUACAGAACACUUAUGGUAAUAAAAAAAUGUUUAACGUAAAAAAAAUUAUCAAUAUUCACACAAUGUGAAUAUGGGGCUGUUUCAGUUCCCGAAUGUUCUUGCAUAAUCCUAAUUAUUCCCAAAAGAUGACCCCCUUUCCGUGUGCAGUUGUGCGUCAUUUAAUGUGUAUUAUGUGCGCUUUAAAAAUUUUUCUAUUUUUCACGUUCUCAGUGGCUCUCUUCUGAGUUAUUUUAUUUUUUCCUUUCUUCUUUCUGGUGUUAAAAACCAAUGUAAUUUUUUCUCUGUGAUGUUUAUUGGCAUCUUAUGUCUCACUGUCUUCCGCAAGAAAAUCAUAAAUGUUCCGCUGUAUCUGUUCUCACAGUUUAUUUUUACCCGAAUGAAAAUCAGUUGAACUUCAAACUCUCUACGUUUCAUCCACCAUUUUUUUCAAAAUAAAAUAUAGAAAAGAAAAAAUAAAGAGUGAUAAAGGAAAAAAUACCUAAAAGAUCCAUGAAAAUUAAAGAGACGCAUAGAAAAAAAGACGAAUCGACAGCGAACGAACGACGAAAGAGCGCGCGAAAACAAGAGAGUGCAGCAUUAAAAAGAGGAAAAAAACCGAAGCCAGCUUGAUGGAGUCAGUCACAUGUAUAUCAAAAACACCACACAACCUUUUUUUCGAGUUUUUUUCAUUUUUUAAAUGGUUAGAAUUUUCUAAUUAAAUUUAAUUAUCUUUAUCUUAAAAUUUUCUGAAAAACUAUGAUAUCAUAAUGUUUUUGUUACAUGCAUGUGAUAAGAACGUUUAAUUGAAAACAUUAUUUUUCUUUUCGUGUUCAAAAUAGAAUUAGCAAACAUAAAAGUACAUUUCCAAGAUAAAAAAUCGCGCGCGAAAUAAAAUCGAAAAUCAAACUAUUAGUAAAUCAAUACACACCAUGUGCAAACAAUAUAUACAUUUUUUACACCACAUACAUAUAUCUCUGACCAUCUCGCAUCUCUACUUAUUUUUCCUCUCUUCAUACUAUUAUUUCUUCACUUUUUGUUGUUAUCGUUUCUAUUUUUUCUUAAUCGCUCUUCUAUGAAAAAUUAAUGUCUCAAUCAAUAUUAAUUAUUUAUAAUUUUUAAUAGAUUUUUUUUUCUGAAAACGUAUAAAAAUCGAACCUCCAUUCCACAUCUCUUAGAAUUUGAAAAAAACGUGUUUAGUUAUCAAAAGUAUUGAUUUAUGGUCGAACAACUAAAGGUCAUUCAAUCUUUUCUUUUCGCAUCGUAGAUAUAAUGUAUAGCCGGCGCGAAAAAGCAAACAACAUUGCUUUUGGCGCGAAAAACUCUAAUAAAUUAACUUUUUUUCUUCCAGAAAAGAGAGAAAAGAGCGAGUUGAGCCAGUUGAAAAGAUGUCUUCCCCUGGUGGCGACGCGCCGAAAAUUGAGCAAAAAGGACAAAUCAAAAUUGGCCAUUAUAUUUUGAAAGAGACACUUGGUGUUGGAACUUUUGGAAAAGUUAAAGGUUGGUUUUUAUAUUCUCCGAAUGUUAUUAUCAUAAAUGUUUAACUAAUGAUUUUUUUUGCAGUUGGAAUUCAUGAGGCUACAGAAUACAAGGUUGCUGUAAAGAUCUUGAAUCGUCAAAAAAUCAAAUCACUUGAUGUUGUUGGAAAGAUUCGCAGAGAAAUUCAAAAUUUGUCGCUUUUCCGUCAUCCACACAUUAUCAGACUGUGAGUUUUUUUUUUUGAUUUUUUGAAAAUAAAAUUUGGUAAAGUGGCUCUAAUUUUGCAAAAUAGGGCUAAUUGAUUUUUUUUGCAGUUAUCAAGUGAUCAGUACUCCGUCAGAUAUUUUCAUGAUCAUGGAACAUGUGUCAGGUGGUGAAUUGUUCGACUAUAUUGUGAAACACGGUCGUCUGAAGACCACAGAAGCUCGUCGAUUUUUCCAACAAAUUAUUUCGGGUGUUGAUUAUUGUCAUCGUCACAUGGUUGUUCAUCGCGAUUUGAAACCAGAAAAUCUAUUGCUCGAUGAUCAAAACAAUGUGAAAAUUGCCGACUUUGGUCUUUCGAAUAUUAUGACGGAUGGUGAUUUUUUGCGCACCAGUUGCGGUUCGCCAAAUUAUGCGGCGCCAGAAGUGAUCAGCGGAAAAUUGUAUGCGGGUCCUGAAGUUGAUGUUUGGUCGUGUGGUGUGAUUUUAUACGCUCUUCUUUGUGGAACACUUCCAUUUGAUGACGAACAUGUUCCAUCGCUUUUCAGAAAAAUUAAAUGUGAGUUUUUUUCAGGAAACAUUUUGCGGCUUUGGCUGUGGGAAAAUUUUUUUUGUAUGAAAAAUAUGUCAUCGUUUUCUACCAAAACUAAAUUUUGAGAAUAUAGAUCUUGGAUUUUUUUAAAUUCUAGAUCUUUGGAAAUGAUCUGAAAAUAUGCCAAAAAUGGUUUUUUUUGAAAUAAAACAUUCUAGAACUGGAUAUUUGACAAUAAAAAAAUCUCUAAUCUCAAAUCAUCGAAAUCAAAAAAAUAUUGCAGCUGGAAUCUUCCCGAUGCCUGAUUUCUUGGAGCGACCAAUCGUCAAUCUUCUUCUUCAUAUGCUUUGUGUCGAUCCAAUGAAAAGAGCAACCAUCAAGGAUGUUAUGUAAGUAUUUUUUUUGGAAAAAAAUGAGAACGGGUUCAGAAGUUCACCAGAAUCUAGAACUUUAUUGAAAUUUGAACUUAUCUUUCCCAAAAACAAAAAUAAUUCUUUCAGUGCUCAUGAAUGGUUCCAAAAAGAUCUCCCGAAUUAUUUGUUCCCACCAAUCAAUGAAAGUGAAGCUUCAAUUGUUGACAUUGAAGCUGUUCGUGAAGUCACCGAACGUUAUCAUGUUGCUGAAGAAGAAGUGACAAGUGCACUUCUUGGUGAUGAUCCACAUCAUCAUUUAUCAAUUGCUUACAAUCUAAUUGUUGAUAAUAAACGUAUCGCUGAUGAAACUGCCAAAUUAUCGAUUGAAGAAUUUUAUCAAGUAACACCGAAUAAAAAUCAACCGGCAAAUGUUAUCCGCCAUCCGGAGAGAAUUGCUGCAUCAGUCAGCAAUAAAAUUACACCAACACUUGAUAAUACGGAACAAACUGGAAAUUCACGUAGCAAACGUGCAAAAUGGCAUCUUGGAAUUCGAUCACAAAGUCGUCCAGAAGAUAUUAUGUUUGAAGUUUUUCGCGCGAUGAAACAAUUGGAUAUGGAAUGGAAGGUGUUGAAUCCAUAUCAUGUUAUUGUUCGACGACGUCCAGAUGCACCAGCUUCAGAUCCAGUAAGUGUUGAACCUGAUGAAUAAUCUCAUUGCCUUUCUGCACCUAAAUCUUCAAAAAUCUCCCACAAUCUCAAAUAAUUUCCACUGUUUCAGCCAAAAAUGUCACUUCAACUCUACCAAGUCGACCAGCGCAGUUAUUUAUUGGACUUUAAAAGUCUUGUUGAUGAAGAUGGAGCUCGUAAGUUUUUGAUCUCCGCCUCGAGAAAAAAUGAAUCAAUAAUAAUUUUUCAGCAGCUUCGGCUUCCUCCUCUCGUCACGCAUCAAUGUCAAUGCCACAAAAACCGCCGGGAAUUCGCGGAAGUCGUGCAUCAAGUAUGCCACAAGCAAUGAGUAUGGAGGUAAAUUUGUGUGCUCCGGAUCCAGAAUCAAUCAACGCAAUCAAUUUUCAGUGUGACUUGAGUCCACCCCCAUCGCCAGGAGGCACAAAAUUGUCGCAAACUAUGCAAUUUUUCGAAAUUUGUGCUGCACUUAUCGGAACUUUGGCUCGUUGA